AUGUUGAACUCCGGAACAGAAAACACGCCUGAGCAGACAGGCUCAGCUACUAGAGCUCCGAGUUCCACAAGAGAAAGAUGUGGAACCGGAGCUGAUGCUGAGCUGCCGGCUCUUAUAGAAGACCAAUCGGGACUGCGCCGCGGUCGUGCCACGUAG